AUGAGGCUGAAUCCCCUCAAGUGCGCCUUCUCCAUGGAAGCCGGCAAGUUCCUGGGAUUCAUGAUAACUCAGAGGGGGGUAGAAGCUAACCCGGAGAAGUGCCAGGCAAUACUCCAUAUGAAGAGCCCGGGUUGCAUAAAAGACGUCCAGAGGUUGGUAGGGCGGUUGACCUCGCUAUCCCGAUUUCUCGGAGCUUCGGCAACAAAGGCCCUGCCAUUCUUUAACCUCAUGAAGAAAGGGAUGGCGUUUGAGUGGACGCCCGCAUGUGAAGAGGCCUUUCGGCACUUCAAGGAGAUCCUGGCGGCACCACCCGUCCUCGGGAAGCCGAAGGACGGGGAACCACUAUACCUGUACCUCGCCAUAACAGGUGAAGCCCUGGCCGCAGUUCUGGUACGGGAGGACGGAAAAGCUCAACAGCCAGUCUAUUUCAUAAGCAGGGCCUUGCAAGGGGCAGAAUUAAGGUAUAGCAAGUUGGAAAAACUAGCCUUAGCACUUCUAACUUCCUCACGGAGGUUAAAGCAGUACUUCCAGAGUCACCAAGUUAUCGUCAGAACGGACCAAGGGAUCCGACAAGUACUCCAAAAACCCGACCUGGCGGGAAGAAUGAUGACUUGGUCCAUCGAACUCUCCCAGUAUGACAUACGAUACGAACCCCGGCAAGCCAUCAAGGCGCAGGCGAUGGCGGAUUUUCUAGUAGAAGUAACGGGAGAUCCAAACGAAGAGGUGAGUACACGGUGGAAGCUCCAUGUGGACGGAGCCUCCAACCAGACCUUCGGAGGCGCCGGGAUCAUCCUGAAAAGCCCGAUUGGGGUUGUGUACGAACAGUCGGUCAGAUUCGAGUUUCCCAUCUCGAACAACCAGGCAGAAUAUGAAGCCCUUAUAGGAGGCUUAACCCUAGCAGCAGAAGUCGGUGCAAGAAGACUAGAAAUAUGCAGCGACUCCCAAGUCGUCACCUCCCAAGUAAACGGCAGCUACCAAGCCAAAGACCCUUUGCUACAAAAGUACUUGGAGAAGGUUAAGAGCUUGAGCCAAAAGUUCGAAGAGGUCACGGUCCACCACGUACCUAGAGAAAGGAACACACGGGCAGACCUCUUAUCAAAGUUAGCCAGCACAAAGCCAGGAGAAGGGAACCGGUCUCUCAUCCAAGGCAUGACGAGAGAACCCGCAAUCACGCUGCACGUGACAAGCCUAGGUCCUUCAUGGCUAGACCCCAUCAUCGACUUCCUAGAACACGGCAAAUUCCCCAGUGAUGAGAAGGAUGCGGCGAAAUUGAGAAGGGAAGCGGCCAAAUACACCGUCAUCCAAGGACAGUUAUUUAGGAAAGGGCUCAACCAACCCCUGCUGAAGUGCCUACACCCCGAUCAGACGGACUACGUCCUCAGGGAAGUCCACGAGGGCUGCUGUGGGCACCACAUCGGAGGCAAGGCCCUAGCGAGGAAACUGAUCCGGGCCGGAUACUAUUGGCCUUCGAUGAUGGCGGACUCCAAAGAGUUUGUCAAAAAAUGCGUAAAGUGCCAACAGAACGCCAACUUUGCCAGGGCCCCAGCCUCCGAGUUAAGCUUGCUGACGACCUACCGACCAUUCUCUCAAUGGGGAAUCGACCUCUUAGGGCCCUUCCCAGUCGGCCCGGGGCAAGUCAAAUACCUCAUAGUCGCAAUUGACUACUAUACCAAAUGGAUAGAAGCCGAGCCGCUAGCCAACAUAUCCUCGUCCAAUUGCAGGAAAUUCAUGUGGAGGCAGCAAAGGUUCUCUUCGGUGGAACACCCUCAGACGAACGGACAAGUGGAGUCCGCCAACAAGAUUAUCCUUUCAGGGCUAAAAAAGAGGCUGGACAAUAAAAAGGGUGCUUGGGCCGACGAACUAGCAUCGGUUCUCUGGUCCUACCGAACAACUGAACAAUCCUCCACUAAGGAAACUCCUUUCCGACUAACGUACGGGGUGGACGCGGUAAUACCCGUAGAGAUCGGUGAACCGAGUCCACGAUUACUUUUGAAAGGAGUGGAAGAAACCGUGGAAAAAGACCUGAUAUAUGAAGCCAGGGAAAUGGCCCAUUUGACAGAAACAGCACUAAAACAAAGAAUGGCUCUGCGCUACAACACCAAAGUGCUCAAGAGGGAAUUCGAGCCAAACGACCUCGUCCUGAGGCGAAACGAUAUCGGCCUACCAACCCCCGGAGAAGGCAAGCUAGCGGCGAACUGGGAAGGCCCCUACAGAGUCAAAAAAGUGAUGGGAAAAGGAGCCUUCAAGUUAGAAAGGCUUGACGGCAAAGAAGUCCCGAGAACAUGGAACGCGGGCAACCUAAGAAGAUUCUACUCCUAG